UUCUCAGGAUAUAACUGUGGCUCUCUCCCACUACACUCUCUCAUGCUGCUGUUCUCUGUUUCGCUCUCUCAUACUGCUUCUCUCCCUCCCUCUCUGUUUGUCACGAAUGGGCUCUCUUUAGGUCGCUCGAUUUGUUCCUUGACUCUGUAUCCCUCUCUCUCAUCAAGUCGCUCUGUCUUCCUAGCAAAGAAAAAGAAUUGUGAGCAGUUAGAGAGAUAAGGAAGGAAGAAAAUGUACAAGAAUCGCCUACAAGAGCUCUGUCACCAAAAGAAAUGGAGUUUCCCAAACUACUCGACCUCAAGAGAUGGCCCUGAUCAUAAUCCUCGCUUCAGCACCUCUGUAACUUUGAACGGACUCAAAUUCGAGAGCCCCGUUUUUUGCAGGAGCUCUAAGGAAUCUCAGAAUGAGGCUGCCAGAGCUGCCUUGGAAGCUCUCACUAUGCCCCAAACCUCCCAUUUAUUAUCUUAUUCUUCAGUUGUGGAGGCAAGUGGAGUGUCUAGAGUCACUUCCCCACAACAGCAAGACAGAGGUCUACGUGGUCUCUCAACAAAUAUGAGUGAGAAAUGUGAUGUUUCCUCUCCUCACUGUGGUCCCUCGACAACUAUGAAUGAGAAAUGUGAUAACUUGCCUCAACCAUGUAACCCAUCUUCUUCAUUGGAUCCUAAUGGCAAGGAAAUGAAAGAAACACAAUCAUUAGAAGGUUCAAGCUUGGGGUCUUCGGAGAAUACUUUGAUUUCAUUGAACGUUGAUGAUGGUGGAAAAUAUCUAUACAAGAAUCUGCUUCAAGAGUUUGUGCAAAAGAGAGGUCUGGAUAUGCCUAUUUAUUCUUGUGUUGGAGAGGGUGUAGACCAUGCUCCUCGUUUUAAGGCUAUAGUCACAGUUGAUGGCCAUACAUUUGAUAGCUCAUCAUUUUUCAGCACAUUACGGGAAGCAGAACAUGCUGUAGCGAAAAUUGCUUUGACAUCGUUGUCAUCGGGAGAGGAUAUUCAACAGGAUGAAUCGCCUUUAUGUAAGAACCUUUUACAGGAACUAAUGCAGAAAGAAGGCCUUCCCAUACCGGAGUACAGGACAGCAAGAUCCGGUGCUCCCCAUUUACCAACUUUUUUUUCCACUAUUGAAGUGGAUGGGGAGGUUUUCUCCGGAAAAGCAGCAAAAACUAGAAAAGAGGCAGAAAUGAGUGCAGCUAAAGUUGCUUAUUUUAGAUUCAACGAACGUAAGUCGAGCCAAAACCAAAACCUGCAAAGCCUUUCUUCAAGUUGCAUGGUGGAGGUUCCUACAUGUAGCUCUAAUGCUCCAUCCACCUCUGAGAUGGAUACUGAAGCCCCUAAUAGUCCUGUUAAAUGUCAACCUACUACAAGUGAGGCUGCAACGAAUGGAUCUCACUUAUAUAAGAAUCUAUUACAAGAACUGGCUCAGAAAGAAGGCCUUCCCUUACCAGAAUACAAGACGGUGAGAUCUGGUGAACCCCAUUUGCCAAUUUUCAGUUCCACUGUUGAAGUGGAUGGAAAGAGUUUCUCUGGAAAACCAGCAAAAAAUAAAAAAGAGGCAGAACUGGAUGCAGCCAGAGUUGCUUACUUCAAUCUUAAAGAUGGGAGGUCGGACCGAAUACUGAAACGCCUUCAUUCAAGUGGCAUGGUGGAAGUCUCUCCAUGUGCUGCUUCUAAUGCAAGCACUACUGUUUCCAUGGAGGAUACUACCAAAGCAAUUGAAGAACGAAUACUGCAACGCUUUCAUUCAAGUGGCAUGUUGGAAGUCUCCCCAUGUGCUUCUUCUAAUGCAAGCACUACUGUUUCCAUGGAGGAUACUACCAAAGCAAUUGAAGAAGAGAUUUCCAGCAAGGGUGAGAGAACUGCAGAGUCUCCACAAAUUGAGUUAGAUGCAGAGAGAAGCAAUAAAAAGCGUUCCAUAGACAUGGGCUCUGAUGGCCCUAACAUCUCUCCUCCUGAUUCCAAGAAUUCAUCUGUCAUAUCUGUUUCAGAGCCUUCUUUGGGUAAAGAAUCCAGGGCUGUGCAAAGGUUGGUGGUGAUCCCGAAUGGGUCCAAAAUGGUGCUCCCUAAAAGUGCAGAAGUCUUACCUUUCAGUGACAAUAAGUGGGUCGCAGCAAGAAUUAGUUGAUUAUUAUUUAUAUAAUAAAAAAUAAUGUUGAUUGUCUAUUCUCGAUACACACCUGUUUGGUCCUUAUGUCACGUGUAUUAUGGACUGUAUUUUGCUUUUUACAUUGGGAUUUUAUGGGUAGAGUUGUGUAAAAUUUAGGAUGAGAUUCUGUUCAUUGGCUUCAAAAUUGUUGUGUGAGAAGCCAGUGGUAGUUGUUGUAUGUAUUAGUGUUUUUAUAUGAAAUGCCACCACAGGGAAUCGAUCCGUGGUAGGUGUUUAAAUAAAAAAUGGGUCCCUCUCUUUCUAUGUA